AUGUCCAAAUUCAGCCAAUACCUAGGCGAUCCGCCCGCCAUUGACGGCAAGUCUACCAUAGACUCCAUUGUGAACCAUGGCCAUCAGGAUCUGGUCCAGGCCGUUGCAUUCAACAGCUACGGCGACCGUUGCGCGACCGGAUCCGUCGACGGCAAGAUUCGCGUCUUCAACAGACACAAAGAUGGCAAGUGGCGCGUUUGCGAUAGCUGGAGUGCCCACGGCGGUGAGAUUCUAGAGCUCCAAUGGCUCCCCCCAACCAUCUACCCGAACCUCCUUGCCUCCCUCGGCAUCGAAGGUCGCUUCAAGCUCUGGGCCGAAAACCCCUCCGCCGCCCCUGGUCGUCGCUUCGGCGUCAACCUCACCGGGCACGGCGGGCACCAUGGUGGCGCCAACACCCUUUCGUCUCGUCGUGACGUCGGCGGUGGCCUCUCCUCUCUUUCCUCAGGCGACAGCAAACCCACGCCGGCCUUUGACUACCGUAACCCCAAAUCGCCCAUCCGCUCCUUCAGCCUCAAACACAACGACGACACGCGACACACCUACCUCGCCCUUUUAUCCGUGGACGGCACGCUCGAAGUCCUGGAAAACGAAACACCAGAGAACAUCACCGAGUUCUCCCGCAUCGACCAAUUCACCGUUUGCCCAAAACCCUCUCGCGGUGAGGAGACCUCCUUCCGAGUGCGCUUUGACCCCAACCAGGAUGUGUGUUACACCGCUUUGCGGGCGGGCGUGCCCACGGAUGCGCUGGGACUGGUGGUGGCGGCUAUGGAUUCGGUCAAGGUGUAUAGGACUAGAGACACGGUCAGCGCUAGCUUGGGCGUGGCCACGGCUGCGAAGGAGUUCUAUCUCGCUGCGGAGAUCAGUCCGAAGGAUCCAGUUGCGGGGCAUAGAGGGCUGGUGAGAGAUGUGGCGUGGGCGCCGGGGAAUAUUAGGGGUUACGAUAUUGUGGCGACGGCGUGUCAGGAUGGAUACGUGAGGGUCUUUGGACUGUCGACGCCGGCGCUGCAAAUGCAAGCACAAGGGAUGGAAGGAACCAAGGGAUGGGGAGUGGGGGAGAUGAGGAAGCAUCAGGAGGGGAGGCGAGAAGAAGGCGGUGGUGGUGGGACUGCUGCGGCUAGAGCUUUGGCGGGCUCGGCGGCGCAGCAUGGCGGUGGGCAGGAUACCCAUUUGAAGUCAGGAAUUAGGGCUGGGUUGGCGGAUCAGUCGAGGUUGAGUGGGACCGCGGGAGAUAGGUUGAGGCUGGGUGGGCAGCAGCAGCCGGGCCAGGUUAGACAUGUGGUCACGGAAGUUGCGAGGCUUGACAGUCAUCGGACGCCGGUGUGGAGGGUGGGGUUCGAUGAUGACGGGCAGAUUUUGGGCAGCGUGGGUGAUGAGGCUAUCACUAUGUCGGCUUUGAGCCUUCCCGCCCGAACUCCGAGCGGCGAUACAGCAUGCCUCGAACCUCCAUCCAACAACAGGCUCAACGCUUCCGAGCGUGUCCUCGGUUCACCCGGCCGCCGACGCUUGAACAUCCCCAAUACACGCAUUUUGUCAAGUCUGGAAUCUUACGGCUUUUCAACGUCUUCGUUUUUGCGAAGCAGUGAGGAGUCAGUUGGUUCUCGUCAGCGCCAUAGACUUAACCCAACCGCUAUGGAGGGUGCGUUAAGAGAUCUCUAUCGGGAGCAGGAAGCGGCAAAGAACAAUGAAGUCAUCGAAUGUGAAACUCAGCCCUCGGUGGCAGGUGGUAACAAAAGUAUCAAAAUCACCGAGCAGGAGUUGACCAAGCCCGAGGUCGAGCACAUUGAGGAUAUUGAGCACAGGAAGACGCCCAGCCUCAAUGGCAGCGACGCCAAGGAAAUCAUCGCCGAUAUCUCAGCCGUCAACACAGAGCUCAUCAUCAGCUUGGCCAAUGCUGCCCUGCAUAUGGGCAAAAGUAACAGCUCCACGCUCCCCAGACAGCGUCUAAGUUCAGCCGGACCCAACAAUCCAGGAGCAACACCCUUCCCCUCGCUUGACCUAGCUCCCUGUGGUCGCGCUCUGGCCUCCUCCAAAGCCGGGCUACUGUCGGAAGAAGCUCCCAGUAACUUAUCCACUCAAUGUCUGCCGCACAAUGACAGGAAGCCAUCAGGGCCUUAUCCCCGCCAACAGUCAAAAAAGAAGAGCUCGAUUCUUAGGCUUCUGCGUUACAUCUUUCGCAGACCUAUCAAAGCCAAGAAGUGGGUUGUUCGCAAGUUUCGUGCAAAGAGGAAGGGGGUCUCGAAGAGAUUCAAGACAAAGACCAAGGCCAGGAAGGAGAAGAAGAAGAGGAUCUUGGAGUUACCUAAGGUUGAGGACACUACUGUUGCCCCAGUUACCGGUGAGGAAGUUGAAUCUGUCAUUGUGCCUGUUACCGUUCUCGAGAAACCCGCUACAGCCCCUGUUACUGCUAUAGAGGUCGAUGCUGUCAAGGCAGAGCUGAAGGAAGUUGAACAAAUUGCUAAUGAUGAGCAUGUGUCGGUUGCUGAAAAGGAACUGACAAUCAAAGCUGUGGUGGAAAAGAAGAUCGGGUCAGAUGAGGGAAGUGUCGAAGAGGUAGAGGAUAUUACGGUUGAGAUUCAUGUGGUUGAUGCUUCUACUUGUGUUGCAUGAUUCUAAUGGCUUCUAAAAGGGUGUUCACUUGCGUCUUGACGAAGUUGGCACUUCAAAGUAUGUUUAUAACGCAGUUUAGGUUUGCUAAGGAGUAGUUCAAGCACCAGUAUCAUGUAUACCAAAACGGACAGGGGUUAUGCACCUCCAUAAGCUAC